CUUCUUCAAAAUAACUUGACAGUUUUCACUUUAAACUUAAGACAUAUAUUUCUGAUCAUGGUUGGAGCUCACUAUCCAAAGCCAAUUACACUCUUAUCAUGUAUUUUGAUAGAAAUAUUGCCUUUGAGAACUUUGGAAAAUGUUCUUGGUAAGUUGGUUAAAGUUUGCCAUACAAUAUCAGUUCAAUAGGACCUUGUUAUACUUUUGGCAAAACUAAUUUCAACUUUCAUCCUGAUAUACUGAACAGUUAUAAUGAACAAUCAUGAAAAUGCAAGUUGAACAAGUCAAUUUUAGAUAUUCACUAAGUUUAUGGUUAAAAUAUGAUAUAUUUUAUGGCAGUGUAUAUUGACAGUGUAUAUAUUGUUUAUUGCAGGUGGCCGUGGGAGAUUUUCAUAAGAAGAUUAGCUAUGCUUACUUCACAGCCUUUAUAUCCUUGCUGAAUAACAUGGAACUGAUGAAGAAGAUUCAUAUGGCUGCUACUAAACGAGACAGAAAUGCGGCUUGUACUAAAGAGGAGCUACAGUAUCAGUCACAAGAGUUUCCACAGAUCACACCAAUGGAGAUUGACAUUCUCUUUCAACUUGUACAGCUUCUUAACCAAAACCAACAAUCAGAGAGACAGAUGGGACUGAUAAUGUUCCAAGAUCUAGAGGAAUUAUCUCCAAUGGAAGGUCGGGAAACACCUUUCUCAUUACAGCUUCAAAUUGCAGAGGAAGAUCUGAGAUUAGAAACUGGUGCAGAACGUACAGUCUUCCUUCAGAUUGCUGAAAGUGUAUACAGGUUUGGGCUGGGAGCACUGGCUGGAGCUACUGGGGCUACAGCUGUCUACCCUAUCGAUCUGGUAAAAACUCGUCUACAAAAUCAGAGGACCGGUAUGAUGGUGGGAGAAUUAAUGUACAAAAAUAGUUUUGAUUGUUUCAAGAAAGUGAUACGUCACGAGGGUGCCCGAGGGCUGUACAGAGGGCUGGGACCUCAACUUGUUGGAGUAGCACCCGAGAAGGCUAUAAAACUGACAAUGAAUGAUUUGAUGAGAGAUAAACUAUGUAACAAAGAUGGUUCUAUUUCAUUGUGGGCAGAGAUGGCUUCUGGUGGAAUAGCAGGAGCAUCGCAGGUGAUGUUUACAAAUCCUCUAGAGAUUGUAAAGAUUCGUCUACAGGUAGCUGGAGAGAUUGUUGGCAAGACGAAAGUUAGCGCAAUCGGUGUUGUCAAAGAGCUUGGAUUUCUUGGACUUUACAAGGGUUCAAGAGCAUGUUUCCUUAGAGAUAUACCAUUCUCAGCCAUAUAUUUCCCUGCCUACGCUCAUUUUAAGAAAUCUUUCGCUGAUGAAAAUGGCUAUAAUCAUCCUGGUACUUUACUCUUGGCUGCUACAUGUGCAGGUGCUCCUGCUGCUGCUUUGCCAACACCUGCUGAUGUGAUAAAAACCCGUCUACAGGUAGCUGCUCGUCAAGGGCAGACAACUUACAAUGGUGUCAUAGAUUGUGCUCGAAAAAUAUUAAGAGAAGAAGGCUUUGGUGCUUUUUGGAAAGGAACACCUGCUCGAGUGUUCCGUUCUUCCCCACAGUUUGGUGUUACUUUGCUCACAUAUGAACUUUUACAGAGAGUCUUCUAUGUUGACUUUGGUGGAAGACGACCUGAAGGUUCUGCAGCCAAACCCACGCACUUACAGGAACAACUAUCACGCAAUCCAGAUCAUAUAGGAGGCUUCCGAUUGGCUUUAGCAACAUUUGACGGCAUGGAGAGGCAACUUGGCUUAUGUUUACCGAAAUUUCGAAAUGCAAUAACUGAUGAUACUACUUGAGGAUAAACCUUAUAUAGUGACAAUUUUUUAAAAUUUAGUGACAGAUAUUUUAUUUAUUAUUUUUGUUAAUGAGAGUUCAUGUUUUUUUUU